CGCCGGGAUAAAGGGGCGAAGGCGUACUUUGACAUAUUGUCAAGGGUCAUCCAUGAGAUCGGGGAGGAGGCUGCCGUGGGGGUGGUGAUGGAUAAUGCAGCCACCUGUGUAGCUGCAGGGCAGAUGAUCGAAGCUGAAUUCAAGCACAUCUUCUCAGUUCCGUGCACAGCGCACAACAUUGACCUGAUUUUCGAGCAAUUUGGGAAGAUAGGUUGGGUGGACAUUGUGCUCAAGAAGGCAGCGGAGGUAGUGAAUUUUUUUAUGAACCACACGAAGGACUUGUACCUGCCGCUGCAGACAUGCUUGACGGACAAGGACUGGAAGGAGAGCAUCGUGCUUCCAGGGCAGCGUCACUUGUUCCCCGCUGCAACAGCAACCAUCUUGGACAAUGACUUCCGGGUGGGAGCAGAGAAGGUGCAGAAGACGUCUGCGCAACUCCUCGAUUUGUUGAAGUUGAGUGACGGAAUCGGCCCGACGAUCGGCAAUAUCUACGGGCGCAUGGACGAGGCUGUGGAGAGCUUACGGAAGCAGGACUGCCUCACAGAACUGGAGAAAGAAGAGCUUGAGGAGAUCAUCAUGCGGAGGUGGAACACGAUGACUUCUCUGCUGCAUUGCGCAGCGAUGUUCCUCGAUCCUGAGUUCAGGGACUCAAGCCUGGACAAAGAUCCGGAGGUGAUGGACGGAUUCUGGACAUGGCUGUACUCUUGGGCGAAGCUGUCAGCGUACCGCGAGUUGGACAAGAAAGUAAAUUGCUGGAUUGAAGGGACGGGGAAGUUCAAAAGUGCACGCAAGACUGUCACUUGUGAGCGCGCCGAGAGGUAUAUCAGCGCAAGAGCUGAAGUGCGUGCACUGAAUGUGAAGGCGCCCGCAAAGAGGGCUGUAGGGCAACCGCGGAAGGUGGCACAGGUGCAGGACACUGCAGCGGACGUCAUGCUAGUGGCGGAAGAUGGAGAGGCAUCUCAGCAGGGUAGCAAACAGGGUGCUGCUGCCGAGGUUGCAGCGAAGGGGCCUGCAGAAAGAGGCAAGGGGCGACCAUGGAAGGCGUCGCCACCAAAGGAGAUGCAGGUGGAGGCCGGCGAGCCCGAGGAAGAGGGCAAAACAUCUCGGAAGGGGAUCCCCGAAGCCGAAGAAGGGUAGGACAGCAGCACAGAAGAAUCUUCAGAAUCUUUGGGCGCAGAUUCUGAA